AUGACUACUGAAGAAACGAAGAAAAGCGUGGUCCGAGUUGCUGUCACCCAGCUUGAACCUGAAUGGCUUGACCUCCAGGGUACGGUUUUUAUUCCCGGGUAUCCCACUUGGAUCUGGAGUCGCCCGGUAGAUCUCACGUUGUCGGUUCGAUACAUCGAGAAUUCUCUCCGCGUCGAUUCUCCUGAGAUGAAAUGUAUACAAAACUGUGCCCGAGAGCAUGGUAUCGCGAUCGCCUUUACGCGCCGCAAGGUCAAGCCUACCCAUGUAGAGCGUACCACCUUUGGUGAUGGUAAUGGAGACAGCUUGAAAAAUGUCGCGAAUACUCACAUCGGAAGAGUGGGAAGUCUCGCCUGUUGGGAGCACCUGCAACCGCUGUUGAAGUUUAAUACCUUCAGCCAAAGGGAGGAGUUCCAUAUUGCUGCCUGGCCUGCCAUCUUCCCGCAUAGUGGUGAAGAACUGUGGUCAUUGACUCAAGAGGGAUGCCGCACCAUGGCACAGACUUACGCAAUGGAAUCGCAAACGUGGUCCCUUGCUCUUUGGAAGUCCCGGGGUGGCAAUAGCGCUGUAUUUGGACCAGACGGCCUUAAGUUGACCGAAGAUCUCCCGCCGACGGAGGAAGGACUUGUGUACGCCGACCUUGACAAGUCCAUGAUAAUAGCGUCACGGUGCUUUGCGGAUGCGUGUGGCCACUACAGUCGCCCUGACCUUCUCUCGUUGACCAUCGAUGAUAAAGUGAAGAUGGUUGUGAAUUCUAUUCGUUCAGAGUGA